AUGCAAUAAUCCCAUUUUUAUUACGAUAUGUUCAAAAUCAUAUCAUUACUGUUUUAGUAGGAUCUAAUUAAUAAAUAAGAGAAGGAUGAAUUGAAAUUUAUGGUACUCGAAUCUCAAUCUGAAUUGAUGUUUUAACUGCAGGCCAUCUAUCGUUCGUCUGUAAAGGGAAAAUAACUAUAUAUGGUCCACGAGAUUAAAAAAUAUAUAGAAUCUCAUCGAUAGGGUUCUCCCAGAAAUAGUUCACCCAGAUCAUCAAGAUAUUUGGAAGCCUCACGUAUGUGGAGCAUUUACGAAGAGAAUGAAGAAGAAGAAAGAGAUAACGAAAUUAAAUUGAUUGGAAUUCGACGCUGA